AUGGCAACUGGCAAUCCCAUUAACAGUGCUUUCGCUUGCGCUGUGGUUGCCUCUGUAAUCUCCAUCAUAUUUGGCUACGGUACGUCCGUAAUGAGUGGAGCAAUGAUCUUCAUAAAAGAAGAUCUCAAAAUCAAUGAUGUACAAGUGGGGGUCCUCGCCGGAAUAUUAAACCUGUGCGCCCUAAUCUGGUCCUUAGCUGCCGGAAGAACCUCCGAUUACAUUGGUCGUCGUUACACCAUAUUCCUAUCCUCCAUAAUUUUCUUGGUGGGCGCAGUUCUAAUGGGCUACGGCCCAAACUACGCUGUCCUAAUGAUCGGCAGGUGCACUUCUGGAAUUGGUGUUGGCUUUGCCCUUAUGAUCGCACCGGUUUACGCAGCAGAAAUUUCAUCCACCACCUCACGGGGUAUUCUAACCUCUUUACCGGAACUCUGCAUCAGUCUUGGCCUCCUAUUCGGGUACGUAUCGAACUACUUCUUCGGAAAACUGGCUCUUAAACUUGGCUGGAGAUUGAUGCUCGGGUUUGCUGGACUCCCAUCAAUUGCUUUGACUAUUGGAAUUCUCAAAAUACAGUCCCCAAGGUGGUUAGUGAUGCAAGGUCGUCUAGAGGAGGCUGAGAAAGUGUUGGAACUGGUUUCUAAUACCAAACAAGAAGCUCAAGUUCGUUUUCGUGACAUUAAAAUUGCGAUGGGUAUUAACGAAACUACUAAUAAUGAUGAUCUAGUGAAGCACAAAAAUACUAAGAAUAGCGGACAAGGGGUGUGGAAAGAAUUAGUACUAAGGCCGAGUCCUGCUGUCCGGAGGAUUUUGCUAGCUACAAUCGAAAUUCAUUUCUUCAAACAUGCAACCGGUAUAGAAUUGGCGAUUUUGUUUAUUCCAAGGAUCUUCAAGAAAGCUGGUGUUACUAGCAAAGACAUGCUCUUGCUUGCCACAAUCGGGAUCGGGAUUACAAAGUAUGUUUUUAUACUGCUGGCAACAUUUCUGAUUGACAAGGUUGGUAGGAGGAAGUUGUUGUUGACAAGCACUACAGGGAUGAUUAUAUCUCUAGCAGGAUUAGGGUUUGGACUGACAGUGUAUGUAUUUGUGGCUUUCUUCUCUAUCGGACUCGGGCCAAUUACAUGGUUUAUAGCGCUGAGAUUUCCCUUUGAAGUUGAGGGUAACGCACGAGGGACUAGUAUUGGGGUGGCUGUGAACAGAGUUAUAAAUGCUAGAGUUUCAAUGAGUUUCAUUCCAAUUUAUAAGGCAAUUACAAUAGGAGGGACAUACUUUAUGUUUGCAGGGAUAUCCGUGUUAGCUUGGGUUUUCUUCUUCUUCUUCUUCUUCUUCCUAAAUUUCAGCGCUACAUUGUAG